ACCGCCCCCGCCGGGCUCCGCGCUGGCCGUCCGCCCGCUCGAACAAUGGCUGGCGGUACGCCCCGCGUCCACUACCUGGCGGGCUUCAGCUGCCCGCUGGGCGGCCUGGCGGCGGGAAAACCCCGCGUGCUGUGCCACGAGGCGGACGUCUUCCUGUCCACCGGGAGCGAGUUCGUCUACGUGUACGACCAGGAGGGCGGGCUGCUGACCGCGGUGUACCGGUUCCCGGACCAGGUGUGGCACCUGCAGCUGCUGGCCCCUCGCAGGGCGCUCUACGUCCUGUGCGCCCGGAGGGGCAUCUACUGCCUGUCGCUGGACACCCCCAGCAGGUCUGUGAGCCAGGCCAACAAGGACAGUGAAGAGGAUGAACUCCCUUACCCUGUGAUGCCCGUGGACCCGGAUGCCUGCGUCCUCCCCGAUGCCACACUCUGUGCGUUCACUGUGCUGGACGACAUGCUUGUUGCCCUGGCGCAGGGCCCCACCCAGUGGAAGAUGCAGCUGUUUGAGCACCCCUGUUUAGGGGAAGACCCCCAGCCAGGGGGCCAGAUCGGUGAGGUGGAGUUGUCCACCUAUACCCCCGAAAUUGGUAUCCCAGGAAAGCCCACAGCCCCCCACUUCCUGCCAGUGCUGUGCUGUUUGUCACUGCCAGGCUCCGGAGCACCACAUGGUCACCCCCAGGCCUGUGGAGGCUUCACACUAGAGGAGGCCCUCUUUGGGCUACUCUUUGGAGCUGAUGCCACCCUCUUGGAGUCGCCUGUGAUCCUCUGUGGUCUUCCUGAUGGCCAGCUCUGCUGUGUGGCCCUGAGGGCCUUGGUCACCUCUAGGUCAGCCCCUGGUGACCCCAAGGCCCUUGUCAGGAUCCUCCAUCACCUGGAGGAGCCUGUUGUCUUCAUUGGGGCCUUGAAGACAGAGCCACAGACUGAGGAGGCUGUGGAGAGUGAGCUGUCCAGUAUGGAGGUCCACUCUGACUGCCUCGUAGCCCUUGGUCACCAUGGCAGGACGCUGGCCAUUAAGGCCAGCUUUGACAAGUCAGGGAAUCUGGUGCCAGAGCUUCAAGAGUACUUCCUCCCGGGGCCAGUGCUCUGUGCUGCCUGUGGUACGGGUGGCCGCAUAUACCACAGUACCCCCUCGGACCUCCGCGUGGUGGAUUUGGCUCAAGGAAGCGUCCCCUUGGACCCUCAGCAGCCCAACAGAGCCCCUGGAAGCCUGCCGCCCACACUGUGCCCAACCAGCUUGAGUGUCUGCAGUGUCCUCACUGUCUCUGUGUCACCCAGGGCACCUGCAGGUGAGACUGAGCUCCUGGCUCUGUCUGCCAAAGGGCGCCUGAUGAGCUGCAGCCUAAGACCCAAGAGUCCUGGUCCCACCAGAAUGACUUCAGCAAGUGCAGACCGGAAAAUCAAGGAACUGCUCUCCGGCAUCGGCGACGUGUCUGAGAGAGUGUCCUUUCUGAAGAAGGCAGUUGAUCAACGGAACAAGGCCCUGACGAGCCUCAAUGAGGCCAUGAACGUGAGCUGUGCCCUGCUGUCCAGCCGGGAGGGCCCCCGGCCUAUCUCCUGUACCACCACCACCUCCUGGAGCCACCUGCCCCUGCAGGAUGUGCUGACAGCUACCUGCCUGCUACAGAACAGCGGUGACUUCAGCCUGGACCGGGGCUGGACCUUGUGCAUUCAGGUGCUCACCAGUUCCUCUGCCCUUGACCUGGACGCAGCUGGCUCAGCUGUCACCUACACCAUCCCUGUAGACAGGCUUGGCCCUGGCAGUCAGCGGGAGGUGACACUGCCCCUGGGCCCGACUGAGAGCGGUGUGCUUGACCUACCUGUGACCGUGUCCUGCGCACUCUUCUACAGCCUCAGGGAGGUGGUGGGCGGGGCCUUGGCCCCCUCAGACCCCCUGGAGGACCCCUUUCUGGAGGAGCAUGCCCUCGACCUCCUUCCUGAGCAGGAGGGCAUCUGCCUGCCUCUGAGCAGGCUUACAGUGGACAUGCUGCGGUGCCUGCGCUUUCCUGGCCUGGCCUCACCCCACACACAGGCGCCCUGCCUGCUCAGCCCGGCCCGCAACCCUGUGGACACUUUCCUGGAAGCCUGCUGUGGGCCUAGCAGUGAGCCGACUGGCCCUGCCUCCCUGCGGGCCAAGUACUUGCCCCCAUCGGUGGCCUCCAUCAAGGUGUCAGCUGAGCUGCUCAGGACUGCCCUGGAGGAUGCUCACUCAGGUGUCCCCCUUUGCAGUGCCACCUUGCAGUGGCUGCUUGCUGAGAAUGCUGCUGUAGACAUCGUGAAGGCCCGGGCACUGUCUUCCGUCCAGGGGGUGGCCCCCAAUGGCACUGACAUCCACCUCAUCAUCCGUGAGGUGGCUGUGACUGACCUGUGCCCAGCAGGGCCCAUCCAGGCUGUGGAGAUCCAAGUGGAGAGCUCCUCCCUGGCAGACAUGUGCAGAGCACAUCACGCCAUUGUUGGGCGCAUGCAGGCAAUGGUCAGGGAGCAGGCUGCCCAGAGCUCCAGCCCACCCGACCUCCGCAUGCAGUAUCUUCGCCAGAUCCAUGCUAACCAUGAGGCACUGCUGCGGGAGGUGCAGGCCCUGCGUGACCGUCUGUGCACGGAGGAUGAAGCCAGCUCCUGCGCCACAGCGCAGAGGCUCCUGCAGGUGUACAAGCAGCUGCGCAGCCCCAGCCUCGUCCUGCUGUGACCAGCUCUGGCCGCACUCUGCCACACUGCUGGGCGCUUUCCACCCCAAGCACUGAGGCUCCCCUGGCAGCAUCCUAUCUACUGAAGUUCUGGACCCCCAAGCGGCAGUCCAUGAGGGACACAGGGCUUCUGGGCUUGGGACUUGGGGUGGGUUCAUGACUUGUUGCUGCUAUUCCCCCCCACACCCCGGGAGCACCAGCUGCCCCUCUGGUGCCACCAGGUGGGAGGGUACUCCUGCAACCAAAGCACAGAGAUGUGGGGCUCCUGCAGGUGCCAGUGGCUCCUUGCCAUACUGAUGAAGGGCUAUCAGGGUGGCCCGUGGCCAGGAAGCUCAACAGUGAGGUACCGUGCCUCAGCUGCACUGUGUGCUGCUUUUAGGGUCACUUGGGGCCAGGGGCUGCAACCCAGCAUCCCCAUCCCCAUCCCCACCUCUUCCUUCAGCUGGGCAGUGCCCAGUCGCUGGUGCUGUUUUUGCUAUGGGGUGGGGUUGCUGUGUGUCUAGACGUCUGUGGAGCGAGCCACUCCUGCUGGGAGCACUGUCGGCAGUGUGCACAGCAGGUGCUGUGAGGUGCUUUGCUGACAAGUGACCCUUCGUGUUGAGCUCA